GGCACCAGCAGGCUCCAGGGACAAGGCAGGGCAGGCGGGGACGAGGGAGCCGGGCACGGAGCGGGGCAGCGCGCCGCCACCAUGAGCGAGGUGUACAGCAAGGCGGAGACCCUGGCGCUGCGGAGGAAGCACAUCGGGCCAUCAUGUAAAGUUUUCUUUGCUAAGGACCCUCUCAAGAUAGUGCGAGCUCAGGGACAGUAUAUGUUUGAUGAAAAUGGAGAAAAAUACCUGGACUGCAUCAACAAUGUUGCACAUGUUGGCCACAGCCAUCCAGAUGUCAUAAAGGCUGCAGUGAAACAAAUGGAAUUGCUCAACACAAAUUCCCGAUUCCUCCAUGACAAUCUUGUCCAGUAUGCCAAGCGACUUACUGAUACCAUGCCAGAAAAACUCUCUGUCUGCUAUUUUGUUAAUUCUGGGUCUGAAGCUAAUGACCUUGCUUUGCGACUAGCUCGGCAUUUUAGUGGACAUCAAGAUGUGAUCACCCUUGAUAAUGCUUACCAUGGCCAUGUCACUUCUUUAAUUGACAUCAGUCCAUAUAAAUUUAACCAGUUGGGAAAGGAAAGCAAAAAGGAGUUUGUGCAUGUGGCGCCUUCACCAGAUACCUACAGAGGCAAAUACAGAGAAGAUCAUCUGGAUCCAGCCGGUGCUUAUGCUGGGGAGGUGAAAAAGAUUAUAGAAGAAACUCAGAAGAAUGGGCGCAAGAUUGCUGCCUUUAUUGCUGAAUCGAUGCAGAGUUGUGGAGGCCAAGUAAUUCCACCUGCAGGCUACUUCCAGCAAGUGGCAGAAUAUGUGCAUGAGGCAGGUGGUGUAUUCAUAGCUGAUGAAGUCCAGGUUGGUUUUGGUCGAGUUGGGAAACAUUUUUGGGCUUUCCAGCUACAAGGGGAAGACUUUGUACCUGAUAUUGUCACCAUGGGAAAGCCAAUUGGCAAUGGCCAUCCAAUGUCUUGUGUCGUUACAACAAGAGAGAUUGCGGAAGCCUUUGGUGCCUCGGGGUUAGAGUAUUUCAAUACAUUUGGAGGCAAUCCAGUGUCUUGCGCUAUUGGCUUGGCUGUACUGGAUGUAAUUGAAAAAGAAGAUCUUCAAGGGAAUGCCACACAAGUAGGAAAUUACCUAAUAGAGCUGCUGAAUGAACAAAAGAGAAAACAUCAUUUAGUGGGAGAUAUCCGGGGUGUUGGUUUGUUUGUUGGAGUAGAUCUUGUGAAGGAUGAACAGAAAAGGACACCAGCCACAGCAGAGGCCCUUCAUCUUGUCUAUAAACUAAAAGAACGGCACAUCCUCCUUAGUGCAGAUGGACCCCACAGAAACAUUCUGAAAUUUAAACCACCAAUGAGUUUCACUCGGGAAGAUGCAAAGUUUGCAGUGGACCAAAUUGAUGCACUACUCACAGAAAUGGAAGAGGCAACUGGAAACAAGAUAUCUACAAAUGUGCAGUGUAAAAGAAAAACUAAUGAGGGGAAUCUCCAGUCAGACUGUCUUGGUGAAAGCAUCAACCAUAUCAAUGGAAAUGCCUGCAGACAGGAAAAUGGCUUCUACGCUGAUAACCACGUUGUGCCUUGUAAAAGGAUCAGAACCUGAAGGGGGAGUUUCCUUAGAUCAUUGUGUGCGUGUAUAUAUUUUUUUAAAGAAUGGGUGGAUAUGUGCAAUAGUUCCUGUCAUACUGAUUUAAUUGGGUCUCAGUCUGGUCUUCCUAUAAAAAAAGAACUCCAGUUAGCUUCAUUAGGAGUUUUAAAAUGCAUUUUCAUGUACAUAAGUAGUAGGGUCAGGCCCUUAACUUGACAUGAAUAAGUAUCUGAUAAAAAUAUCAUUUUAACCAGCUGGAGCCAAUUUGGGGCUUUGUGUAAGUAGAUGCAACUCCAGUGAAUCUGUGGAGAUGCAUGUGUUGCUUAGCCUGAAUCUGGUGUAUGUUAGCCAUAGCACCAAUCCUGUUAAAUCAUUUUUUUAGAACUAUAACACUAUAUUUGAAAUUUCAGUGUGCAAUAUUGAGAUGUUAAUUAUUUUCCAUGUUUUAAUGGCUGAUAUUAUUACAAAGUUUGACUCACAACUCACUGGAAGAUCAUUUGUAUCCUAUGAACUGGGUCCUCAGCUGAUGAGAACAGAAGCCAAUGGAGCAGCACUGAGUUUCUAUCGCCUGAGGAUCUGGUCCUAUUAUAUGGAUAUAUGCAAGAUGCAAUAUUUUCAUACUCAGUAUCCAGAGGCAAGAAUUUAGAUCAUAAUUUUCUACAAAGCAAAUUUGUUAAGUUUUAUCCGUGGCAAGUGGUAAUCUGAGGAAAACCUGAUGUGAAAAGUGUGCUUAAAACCACAAGCACUUCUUUCUGGGCACAAACUACACAGGUAGUUCUUUUAAAAAAUCAGUUCCUUUCAUUUAAAGGUAAAGGUAUUUUAAGGGUCAGAUUUCCAGAGGUAACCUCAAAUUGCAUGAGGGUUUUGAGAUGCAUCAAUGCUGUACUAGGGUCCUAGGAAAUAGUGCCUUCUCCUUUUGAAGGGCUGAAUACUGUUAACUCUUACUGCAGUCAAAGGACCUUAAGGGUACCAUGUACCAGACAGAAUAGGCCUUAACUGAUACAAUAGUAAAAAGGUUGAUCCACACAAUAGUAAGACAGUGAAAACACAGGCAUCAGGCAAUGUUAUCUUGCACCAAGUUUCCACAAGCAUAGCUCAGAUGACUUCCCUUUUGGUGCUAAACCUCUCAAACAUCAGACACUUCAGACUUGCUUUAUGCUUCUGGCAGUAUGGAUUAUGCAUUACAGUGUCUGAAUGUUAAAAUCUGACUGGAUUUCUUAAAUUUUAGCAUAUGUAUAGCUAAGAUUUAUGGAAGAGGGUGAGGUUUUUUUUUAAAAUAGGUUUUAAGAAGUUGACAAAACAUGGCUUCAUAAUAGUCAUGCACCAAGUUUUCCUAUUUUAUACUUGCGGCUAAUGACUAAAUGUCUGACUGAAAAUUUAGAAUACAAUAUCUAGUUUUAUACCUUUGACUAUUGUUUAUAUUAAUAUUGGCAUUUCCUGUAUGAACUUUUCUGAUGCCACCGAGUCAGCUCAUUAUCUGUUUACUACUCCUUAAUUAUUCCAAAAAUUGAAACCAUUUGAAAGUCAA